AUGCCAACAGCGGCAGCAUCUACAGAGGCUGCCGCAGCGGCAACAGCAGCGGCAGCGAUAAAGUCUGUGUUGGCAUCGGGGAGCUUCUCCUCUGCUGCCGAGCCCAACAACGGGGUGCCUGCUCUGUCGGCUGAGGGAUCUCACCUGAUGUUUGCAGUUCAGAGGGGCGACAGAGCCACCGUCAAGAAGCUGCUGCAUUCCGUCGGAGUCUCCGCAAGCUUUUUCAUAGCGGAAGCAGAAGGACCUGAGCUAAGAACACCUUUGAGGCAAGACAACAGUUUGGCACGGCACAUCCUAAGAGCGCGCACAUUGCAAGAAGAGCUGCUGCCUGUAAUACUGGCAGCAGCUGUCGCAUCCACAGAGAUUAUCGAAGAACUCGUCCGCCACGGUGCUACAGCUGCAGAGUUUGCUGAACUCGACAGCUGGACAGCGUUCCACUGUGCCGCUGCCGCAGGGCGGGACAGAGUGCUUCUGCUACUGUUAGACCUGUGCCCCGAGGAGGCUGCCGCUGCUGCUUCUGGCAGUAGUCUGCUGCACCUCCUCGCCGAAUGCUGCGGCAACAGCAAGGCAACAGAAGCUGCACUCAAAGCUGCUGCGCUGCGGCAGCAAGUCGAUGCAAAGGCAAAAAGGCAGGGUCUCGAGGGGUGGACACCUCUUCACAUUUCCUGUCUUCGUGGCAAACAACGGAUUGCCCGGCUUCUGCUGCAAGCGGGGGCCGACGCCUCUGUAGCAACAGGCGCUUUUGAUGCGUCGUCUUCCCUCCUCAAGACUGCAGCAACCGGUGCUGUGUGCGGCAUGCUGCGUCUAUAUGCCUACAAGCCUUCAGAACAGAGGCAAAGUCAACUGCAACCUGAGCUGCUGCCACAGCUGCAACUGCAGCUGCAGCAGGACCGCCAGGCAGACAGCCUCAUUCCCCCUUUUGCGAGGGAUUCGGGUCUCUUGCCAAUCCACUUGAGCUGCUUCGGAGGUCACCGAUCUCUUACACGUUUGUUGCUUCAUCUUGGGAGUCGCAUCGACGCGUUGACAAAAGAGUUGAAGUGGAGUCCUCUGCACUUCGCCGCUGCCAGCGGCUCUGCAGCGCUGGUUGGAGAUAUUUGCCGAUGGUCAGCGGGAAAGCUUGUGAAUCUUAAGGACGAGGGAUUUCCCCUUCAGCGAACGCCUCUCAUUAUCGCCUGCGCCGGACAGGACUUAGAAACUGUAAAGGUUCUUCUGGCCUUCGGUGCAAACCCCCUCAAAACCGUUCGCUUCUGUGGCCUUCGCACCGUCUGCCUUGGGAAGGGGGCUGAAGAUGCCGAGGAGACAGAGGCGCAGGUCACCCCGUUGCACAUUGCUGUACUGGGACGGCUCGUCGCCAGGCCGGAAAGGGACAUGAUCAAGAGACGACGAGAUACAUGCGCAGCGCUCAUCGGCUUCGCAGCUGCGGAGGCUCCAACGGAAAUUGCCGCAGAAGCCUGCGGCCUGGAAAGACUCUUGGCAGACGCAGACGAACCUCUUGCCCGAACGCCGCCGGACGAUGAGGAGAGGACUGGACAGCCCCGAAUGCAUGCAGCCUCUGCGGCGCAGCUGAGGGAUCUGUUUUCGGCAAUUGCUAGCAAAGUGCUGCAACAAGCCGUGCUGCGCAACUUUACUGUAGUCGUCCGACGAGUGUUGCAACUUGCAGUGUAUGAGCGAAACGCAGCAGAAAAAGCACUUCAUGUAGCCGCCAGUUUGGGGUAUGCACGAAUAUGUCAGCGUCUGGUAGACGCAGGAGUCGAAGCAGUUUCGAGGCCAUGCAAGGAAAAGGGUCCUUUUGAGCUCCUGGCAAAGGCGCUGCAACAGCAGCAGAAGCAUUCUCUGCUGCAGCAGCAGCACGACAUCCUGGCAACUGCUGCUGCAGCUGCGUCUGCUGCACCCCUAGCAGCUGGUGCACCAGGAACCGCAGGAAGAGCUGCCGCAUUAACUCUUGAAUCUGCUGCCGCUGCAACCGUUCAGAAUACGGCCCAGCUACGAAGGGAAACAACGGGAACUUUCAACUUUCCACUCUCGGCAAGCACAAGGGAAAGAAAGCAGCGCAGCGCCCUGCAGCCUCCCCCGAUCAUCUGCAGCCUACACGGGGAGGGAAAACUAAGGAGAGAAAAAGGAGGCACCAUCGAAUUGAAACCUUUCAAGUUAACUCCCAAACAGCAAACGUUGAACCCCAACGACUAUUGA